AAUUAGGGGACCAUGAGAACAUGAUUGUUCUGUCUUUUGUCAGAAGACCAAAUGUAACAAUUGAGAUGAAUGAUUACUCAAGCUGGUUGCCUGGAUUUUCUGAGGCUACAUUAGCAAGUCUGCAACGCGACUGCUCACAGCACAUAUUGAUCUAGAAAUUUUGAUACCUGAAUAGACUAUUACCCGGCUUACUUUGCAGACAUCUGUAGCUCGAUUCCCGUUAGCGCACUCGAACCAGUGAGUCAUUCCUACACCAGGAGUUAGCAACAGCAACAGCAACAGUCACACGACCUCCAUUCUGACUUCAGGAGACGAUAUCCCAGUCAGUACACUACAAGAGUAUCACCGACAACUUUUGUAUUUUCGUAAGACUCUGACAACAGCUCAUCAUGACUUCUCAAGACCGAGAUCCGCAAACGUCCAUCAUGAAGGCCGAAGAUCCAGAAAUCAUCAAGCAACUGUCCGCUGAAAUUACAAACCUCUACUCCUCUCAUCCACCUCAAGACGUCCUUCCGUCCUCAUCAGCAAUCACCAAAGCUCAACAAAAGCUCGUACCCCAUCUCCCUACUCAGGGACUCGGCCUCACAGCAACAAUCCAACACCUGCACUCCGACCUGACUCCAGCCUUCAACGCGUCCUCCCGGUCCGCCAACUACUACGGGUUUGUCAUUGGCGGUAGCACCCCCGUCGCCACCCUCGCCGACAAUCUCGUCACCCUGUACGACCAAAAUGUGCAAGUUCACCUACCCAACGAGACCAUCACUACAAACGUUGAAGACCGUGCCCUUGCCCUUCUAUGCGAGUUAAUCAACUUCGAGCCAGGAGCGUGGAGCCACCGGACGUUCACUACGGGAGCAACUGCAUCGAACGUGCUGGGGCUGGCGUGCGGACGCGAGUAUAUCCUCGCCGAGGCGUCGGCGCAUCGUACGGAUGCGGAAAACAGCGUGGGGGAGUUUGGCAUCGUGGAGGCGAUGCGACGCGCAGGUAUCGACGAGAUACAAAUUCUGACCACCGUGCCGCAUUCAUCGUUGGCCAAAGCGGCGAGUAUUCUCGGCAUGGGACGCGCAAGUGUGAAGAGUAUUGGGAUGGCCGACGCACCGCAUAAAUUCGACAUGCAAGUUUUGAGGAAACAUCUCGAACGACCUGGCGCGGCAUGCAUCGUCGCCGUCUCGGCUUCAGAAGUCAACACGGGCCUAUUUGCCACUUCGGGGCUGGAGGAGAUGCAGGAACUGCGGAAGCUGUGCGAUAUGUACGGCGCGUGGAUACACGUCGACGGCGCCUUUGGUAUCAUGGGCCGCGUGCUUGAUAAACCCGAAUACAGUGCUAUAACGCAGUUUUGUGAGGGUCUCGAGCUCGCGGAUUCAAUUACAGGGGAUGGCCAUAAGUUACUCAAUGUGCCGUAUGAUUGCGGGUUCUUCCUUUCUCGACAUCGGAACAUUGCUGAACGCGUGUUUGUGAACCCAAAUGCGGCGUAUCUCGCUACUUCGGGCGGAGAUGAUAAUAUCAUGUCACCUCUGAAUAUCGGCCUUGAGAACUCGAGACGUUUUCGGGCAUUGCCUGUGUAUGCUUCCCUCGUUGCGUAUGGGAAAGCUGGUUACCAAGAUAUGCUGGAACGUCAAGUUAAGCUUGCGAGGGGUAUUGCGAAGUUCAUCAUCCAGAGCGAGGAGUUUGAGUUGCUUCCAGAAUUUGAAGGAGAGGAGGAUGAGGUUUUGAGUCGAGUUUUUAUCAUUGUGUUGUUCAGGGCGAAGGACGAGGGAUUGAACAAGGUCCUUGUGGAUAGGAUCAAGGCGACGAGGAAGAUCUACGUUUCGGGCACCUCGUGGGAUGGGAAACCUGCGUGUCGGUUUGCAGUGUCGAAUUGGCAGACGGAAGAGAGUAGAGAUCUACCCAUCAUCGAGAAGGCACUUGGUGAUGUCCUGGAGAACUGGAAGAAGGAGGGAUAAACAACCCAGGAAAAUUAUAGCAUAACUUAUCAUGUCUCGCAGCAUUAAUCCAUGAUGUCCUCCAUACAACC